AUUUCUCAUCCGGCAGUCGGGUAAAGAUGGCGUCUCCCAGGAAAAGCUUUCCCCUCCUGGUAUUUGUUCUGAUCUCAUCUCUCGGCCAAGGAUUUUGCCAAUCAAAAACUCUGCUUUAUCCAUAUGGACCGUCUCAAGGCGACAAAACUACUCCGGUGGAAGACGACGGGACUUCCGGUGAAGUUCCCAUUUCUGAGGAAUUUAAGUUCUUCAGUAACGGAUACAGAUCACUUUACGUUAAUAACAAUGGGGUGAUUUCCUUCAAAACCGCCGUCUCCCAAUACACCCCCGAUGCUUUCCCGCUGACUGAAGGAGAAACGUUUGUCACCCCAUUCUGGGGAGACGUGGACAAUGAUCUCGCCGGAAUGGUUUACUACCGGGAGAGCAAAGACGCCGAUCUGUUGAAUACGAUCACCAAGGACAUGGAGAAGCACUUACCAGACCUGCAUUAUGCCGCCACCUGGGCGUUCGUAGCCACGUGGGAAAACGUCGCUUAUUACGGAGCAGCAUCUAAAAAGACCAACACGUUCCAAGCCGUGCUGACGACCGACGGGUACAGGUACUUUGCAAUCUUGAAUUACGAGAAAAUCCAGUGGACGACGGGAACCGCAAGCGGUGGAGAUCCUGAAACUGGAUUGGGAGGAACACCAGCACAGGCUGGAUUUAACAGCGGAGAUGAUACUCAUUAUUUCAAUAUCCCCGGAUCCCGAACUCCCGAAGUUUUGAACAUCAAGUCUACUUCUAACGUUAACUAUCCAGGACGCUGGAUCUUCAGAGUGGACAAUUUUGAGGUCCCCGGUGGAUGUGUCUUCCAAGCAAAUUUUGCCAUGGAAGGAGAAGAGUUUUGGAAGGACUCUACUUGUACCACCAAAUGCAAUUGCAAUAGCAGCGGCAACGUCGCCUGCGUUGAUGAGGCCUGUCCUCAGGGCGCCACCUGCGAGCCAUCUGGAUCGUUCUUCAAAUAGCAAGAGAAAGAACAAGAGAAAGAACAAGAGAAAGAACAAGAGAAAGAACAAGAGAAAGAACAAGAUCAAGAGGAAAUUUGCCUCUAAAAUCCUGACACUGCUGAAUUAUUAUGAAAUUUAAAGGGAUGUUAUCCACCUUCCUAGGUAUUUCUGUCUGUAAUUUAAAAUGUAAUUUGAAUAAAAUCUGAGAAGGUCAAAGAUAAAUUAUUAGGGUUAAUGAUGGUGUCCCUUAUCAAAGUGAGGAGCCCAGAUGCCUUCUCAAGUAGGUUCUCCUAGGCUUUUCAAGUAGUAGCUCUCAUCGUGUAACGUCCUUGCCUCUCGGCUAAGGCUCCCAAGAAUAAUUAAGAAAAUCCAAGUGGAGGUUCACGGGCAUCAUUUGGUGGAGGGAGAUAUUUUUGCCAUUUGCUGAAUACACUUACCUGUUACAAGGCAGAGAUCCAGGAAGGAAUUUAAUGUCCCUUUUAAUCUUAGGACAUAGACCCUUUUUAGUAGUCAACCAUUUAGUAGUGAACCUUCUUUAAUUCACUCAUUAGCGUAGAAUUAUGUUAAAAUAUAAAUUCUUCAAACAUUCCAUAUGCCCCAACCCAAACUUCAACAUUCUUCUUAAAUGUAAACGUAGAUGAAAUAAAAUAUGGAUUAUCA